UCAUACGUGUAUGUUUUCCUGCCACGCAAAAACCGAUCCCGUCCCCCGCGAGUUCGCAUUUGGAGCCCAAUCCAAAUGCUCCGUCAACUGAUUCUCAAUUCUCAACAUUCCAAUGUUUUCUGCAGCGCUGGGUUCCGUCUCCGCUUACUCCUUUCUCUCGCAAUUUUGCUCCACUAUUGCUUCUAGGGUGGAUGUGAAUUUCCAGCAAAUAGUUCAGAAAAAGAGGAACUGCUUUGUUAGACACAGCCACAGGGCAGGUGGGUUUGUUGGUCUUAGUAAGAAUCAAUCUGCGGGUGCAGCGGUAAUUACUGCAACGUCAUCAGCAUCUGUGGCCAUUGGGGCUGCCCUGGAGGUGCAAGAAAUACGGGAGAGAUCCAACAAGUGGCAAUGGAACCAGUACUCCAUAAACUAUUUCGUUUCUCAUUAUCAACCUUCUCAACAACAAUCGCAGUCAAGUUCAAAUCCUCCCAUCGUCCUUUUAGUUCAUGGAUUUGGAGCUUCUAUUCCUCAUUGGCGCAGGAAUAUUAGCACAUUGUCUCAAUAUUCAACUGUCUAUGCCAUCGACCUUCUUGGCUUUGGUGCUUCCGAUAAGCCUGCUGGCUUUGCAUAUACCAUGGAAACAUGGGCACAUUUGAUAUUGGAUUUUGUGGAUCAAGUUAUUAAGAAGCCAACGGUGCUAGUGGGCAACUCAGUGGGAAGCCUUGCCUGUGUGAUUGCUGCUUCAGAUUCUAGUCGCAAUCUAGUUCAAGGACUUGUGCUUUUGAACUGUGCUGGUGGUAUGAACAAUAAAGCAAUCGUCGAUGAUUGGAGGAUCAAGCUGUUAUUACCUUUGCUUUGGCUGGUCGAUUUCUUAUUGAAGCAACGGGGAAUUGCUUCAGUGCUGUUCGAGCGUGUGAAACAGAGAGAUAGCUUGAGGAACAUUUUGUUGUCUGUAUAUGGAAACAAGGAAAGUGUGGAUGAAGAUCUGAUAGACAUAAUUGUGGAGCCAGCGAAUGAUGAAGGAGCACUUGAUGCUUUCGUUUCGAUCGUGACGGGGCCACCAGGACCGAGCCCGGUGCAACUGAUGCCAAGAGUUUCUGUGCCUGUUCUGAUUUUGUGGGGAGAUGAAGAUCCAUUCACCCCACUUGAUGGCCCUGUUGGAAGGUACUUCUCUAAGUUAUCUAUGGAAUUUCCGAAUGUAAGUCUUUUUGUGUUGAAAGGAGUAGGACAUUGCCCUCAUGAUGAUAGACCUGAAUUAGUGCACCAAAAACUCCUUCCAUGGCUGGCUCAGCUUCAGCGUCCUGCUUUGUGACAACAGAUUUAUUCUGCAUCCGCCAUAGAUCAUUUGUAUAGUUGCUUCCAUGUCUGAUACAUAUAGUUUGAUUUCAUUUGAUUGUUGUAAAGGGAAAACUCGUAAUUCUUGGUUCAAAUAAUUGCCAAUGAUAAUGUAUUUUGUACCACAUCUUCUCACCAUAUAGACAGUGUAUUUGGAUUAAAUUUGUGAGUGAUUUUGGAGGACCAAAAA